UAUUCAUUUCACUCGCGAUCUCUCGUAAGGUCAGAACUGAGCAUCUCCUAGCUCCGGUAGACGAUGAUUAUCAGCCAUGUCAAAUGAAAGGUUUACAUACGAGAAACAAGACAAAGACAUCGCCAUGCAUAACCUACCCAAAGACCAAAGCGCGACCACGGAGGAAAUGGCCAAUUAUUCGGAGAAAGCAUAUGCAAUAUCCGACAACGACGAGUAUAAGAAGGUAGGAAGUCGGAGAAUCGUCGACGAGUUCGUCGAUAACGCGACCACGCAUGGGAUUCCUCGAGUUCUAAACUCGUCCCGGCCAUCGCACUCCCGCUUGUUCUGGUGUGCCGUCACCUUGAUCUUUAUAGGGGCUUUUCUCUACCAGGGUACAAUGCUCAUCAUCUCCUUCAUCGGUCGACCAACUUCUACGAAAAUAUCUCUUGUCACCGAACCAAGGCUCGAAUUCCCUGCAGUCACUAUUUGUAAUCUGAACAUGCUGCGGCGGUCAAAGCUUAAGGGUACCCGCUUCGAGAAACUGGCAGCUCUAGAUAGAGAUCACAAAGUUGACGGGAUUGGAUUGGAUGAUUCUGACUAUAAUUGGUUCUUUUCAAGUUCUGAAGUUUCUCCAUCACCAGGAGGGGAAACAGCAACAACGGAUGCAGGACUUUCUUCGCCUGCUGGUCGGCGACGUCGAGCACUCAGCGCCGACUACUCACAUGGCAAGUCAUUUCUUGUCGUUGCAUACUACUCCAUGGACGAUGAAUAUAAUUUCGACGAUUUCAGACAAGUCGAUGACCCAGAUGACUGGGACGCCUUAUACAAUAUUUCGAAAACAAGUGAUUUCAGUAACUUCAAGAACCUGGUCAAUCCGACUGCACAGGAGAUACGUGAACUUGGACAUCGGGCUAAGGAUUUUAUUCUCCAGUGCGCCUUCGAUACAGAACCGUGUAGCUUUAAAAAUUUCAGUGUCAUUCAGAACGCUGAAUACGGAAACUGUUUCGUGUUCAAUAAUGCUCAUAAGCUGAGGAGAAGAAGACGUACAACUACAUCAAGAACAGGAUCUCAAUAUGGACUUCAUCUGACUUUGAUGGUAGAACAACCGGAAUAUGUGGGUGUCAUAAGCCCUAAUUCCGGGGUGAAGGUUGCCAUCAACGACCCGCGCAUCUAUGCCUUCCCCGAGGAUGACGGGAUCGCAGCAUCACCUGGAUUCGCCACCUCCAUUGGAAUCACAAAGACCUCCAUAUCUCGCCUCGAUUAUCCCUACGGUGACUGCAUUUCUGAGCAUGCGUCCUACUACCAGCCAGAAAAAUAUGACUUUUCCCAGCGUUCCUGUACGAAGAUGUGUCUUCAGAAAAACCUUCAAUCUGAAUGUUCAUGCGUCACAGAUCUUCUCGUCAAUGAUACCCUGUGCCAGUUCAAUAUUGACAAACAAGUAAAUUGCAGGAAACGAAUCUUUAAAGCCUUCUUGAAAAACAAACUCAAAUGUGAUUGUACAAACCCUUGCAAAGAAAUUGUGUUCAAACCAAGGAUAUCAGUAUCAAGAUGGCCUGCUGCAAGAUUUGAGGGUCACCUGUACGACAGGUUGUCCGUAAUCAACCGAAAAGCUGCGAGAAUUCUCACCAACGGGGCACAAUCGAGAAAUAAUCUUGUCCGCCUGUCAGUGUUUUUUGAAGAGCUCAACUUUGAACAGGUCACGGAAUCCCCUUUGAUAACGGUGGAAUCACUUUUUGGAGGUGUAGGUGGAUUAUUAGGUCUCUACGUUGGCAUGUCUUUUAUAUCAAUAAUCGAGAUAUUGGUCUUCAUUUCCGAACUGAUUCGCUCUUUUUGCUGCCCGGGGAGUUAUUCAUCAAACAAGACCAAGGUGUCUGGUCGCUAGAACUGUCUUUGACGACUUAAGACAUUUCGGGUUUAUUCAGCCAGCAUUACAUGCUAUGAACUUGAUCAAAUGCUUAUCUACCAUGGUGAAUGGCGUCCGUCGGUUUUGUAUGUUGAUAAUUGUAAUUGCGUCCGAGAAUAAACUUCUGUAUUUUGUUUGGUCAUACAUCAACGCAACGCCAAUGAUCAAACGAAUUUUGAUUUCAGUGAAUGAAAUGCAUGUAUUAGUGACCGGUGCAUGAUUAUUUGAGUUGCAUUUAAGAGCACCUGCAACGGGUCCGUGUCGGUCAUUUGGGUGCCGAGGUUUUUGGUAACUAUGUGACUAGUCUUGCAUUUUGAAAUCUUGGGGAAACGCUGUCAUGAAAUAUGGUCCGUAGCAUAUUUGCCUGGUUUUGUCUGCCUCAGUCUGGGACGAUUGAACUUAUCAUGUACAUCGUUGCUCAAUAAUCGAUCUAAAUGGAUUCAACUAUACAGUGCGUCCCACAAAAAACGAAACCGAGAUUUAUCGAUGAUUUAUCAUAACUU